AGCAGAGCGGCGGGCACCGGGGCCGGCAUGGCGUGGCCCUGCAUCAGCCGCCUCUGCUGCCUGGCGCGGCGCUGGAACCAGCUGGACCGCUCCGACGUGGCGGUGCCGCUGACCCUGCACAACUACUCGGACCUCGAGAGUGACGAGCCGGGACCGGGCGCCGGUGCCUCGCGCAGGGGCCCGUCCCCUGCAGGUGCCCGGGACCCUGGCCGGGACGUGCCACUCACGCAGUACCAGCGGGACUUCGGUGUGUGGACACCCGCGGGGCCCAGAGAUGAACCGCCGGGGCGCGGGCCCGGUGCAAGCGGCCGCAGGAGCAAGCCCCCAACGGCCCCCAGCCGGGGCAUCUACGUGCUCCCCAUGGGCGACGCAGACGCGGCUGCAGCGGUGACCACAUCAUACAGACAGGAAUUCCAGGCCUGGACUGGAGUGAAGCCGUCAAGAUCCACAAAGGCAAAACCUACCACAGUCCUCACAAGCCACAGCUCUGGAUGGGACAGCAGCUCUGGGGUCAGCUUCCAGGCCCCUGAGGGGAGGAAGAAGUUUACCCCUAACCCAUCAGCCAUCUUCCAGGCCUCAGCAACCCGGAUCCUCAACGUGUGACUGCCCACCAAGGAGAGGGCCACGGCGGAGCCAGAACCCACUGCUGCCACGAUGAGGAUCGCAGUGAGAUCUUGGGACUGGUCCCCAUCUGUCCCGGGGAAGGGCCCGUCUUUUGCUUCGCACACCACUCUCCCCCGCUGCGGGCCUGGUGCAGAGCAGAGGCCCAGAUGGACAUGACCCCAUACAGCUGGGCUCUGGGCCUCAAACAUCCUCUUAUUCGAGAAGAUUAUAGAAGGCUUCAGCUCUUUAAUUGCCUCUUUUGGCUACCUUCAGUUUUUAAAUCUGAAGACUUAAGGAUCGAUUCUACUGUGGUCCAGGAGAGCUGAGGAAUAUGGACAUAACAGGUGCUUGAAAGAAACCAGUAAGGUCCGCGUCGUUUCCCCAGGCUGCAUGGUAACUGUGUAACCUAUGGUCACUCAUGGUACUGUUCUUGGAUAGUCCUACAAAUGGCCCCACUCAUUCAGGUUGUAGAGGAAAUCUUAGGUAAUCACCUGCAUGUGACUCAUGAUGAUGCUGAGUAACCAGGAUGACAUUUCCAAAAGGAAGAGUAUCAAUCAUAUGGUUUCAGUUUCAAAGACAGAAUUUAGGGCCACAAUGACCCUUAUAUUUUAACGAAAGGGUUCUUGUGCUGAGUGCUUAAAGUACUGAAUGAAUGACAUUAUCUUGAGGUUUCUGAGUCCCAUAUUUUAUUACUAAUUCCAGUCUUUUCCCUUAAUAAUUGACUAGAUGGGAACACGGUACACAUGUUCCCCCUCUGGGGGAAGAAGUGGCAUUAGUCUCACUCCCUGAAAGACUUUAAAGUGUCCUCUAACCAGCCCCUAGACUCCCACCCUGUGCUCUUACAGUCCCAGGGAGCUGUGCGGAGGCAGCUGUUGUCCUUGGGAAGCUGCCUCCUUUCCCAGUAAGUCCCAGCCCACGUGGCCACAGGGAGCCAGGAUGGCUCUGUUUGCACAGCAGGUGGUCACACCUUUGAAGGAGUUCCUGUCCCUUCUUAGAGAUUAGGGGGCACAAGCUAAGGGCAAUUUUUGGUAAAGGAAACUCGAGGAUUUCCCUUGAGAUCUUUAUCCCUCUUUAGCCCCAAGGGCUCUGUCUGGCCAGCAUUCACUUAAGCCACAGACACUGGCACUCAGGUUUCACAGCUCCUGAGAGCUGGAGGGGGCCUGGUCCCUCGCUCUGGCUGGCACAGCCUUCCUCUCAGUCCUGCAAAGGGAAUGCUCUGAAUCAUUUUAAAGGCAGAACCAAAACCAUAUGCUUACACACAGAGCUCCAUUAUUUGACAUCAUUGGUUUGCAUGUUUCUAAGGGAAGAGACUGCCUGCUGCUGUGCUUUCUGUGGGGAAUGAACAGACUAACCGUACAAUCUGAUUUUACUAAAUGCAAAAAUGCAGUUACAAUUUCUUGUUAAUUUCCUUAAAUUAAUCAUAAACAUGGAGCACCUUCUCAUACGUCUUUAUCUGCCUCUUGGUAACAAGGACUUCAGUGUAUCAUGGCUACUGCUGGUUGUCCCUUGGAGGCUUGCAAACACUAGGGCCUCUCCCUCUGGACCGCCGUCCACACUGGUGUGGGAUGCACACCACCCUCGCCCCGGCCCCGGGUGCGGUACCUCAUGGGGUUAACGGGCCUGCCCUUCCUGGCCCCGCAGCAGCCGCCGAAGCACCCCCCACCCCCACCGCCGGGCCUGGCCAGCCUCUGGAAGGCACACUGCACGCCCCAGGAACCUUUUUGGAGUGCACUGGACCAGCCAGCUUUUCACAAAACCCCCAACUCGGUCAGCUUCCUCACCAUAUUUUAUUAUUAGGAGAUCAGGGUUCUGAAGAAGGAACUUCUCCACCACGUCUAGGUCUCAGUGGAGCCUCCCCUCCACCGUGUUACCGGAGUGGCCUUCCAGAGCGCCUGAGAGCGCAGUCUCAGCUGUGGGGUGCGAACCCACCUGUGCCACACACAGUAUAUAAAAAUAGACCAAGAAAAAUACAUUGGGAUACUAAUGGGAAGGGGAAUGAUGGGUAACAAAUUUUUUACACUUUACUAUAUUUGCUAAAGUUUCUACAUAAUAAGCAUUUUUGUAUUCUGUAAAGAACAAUGUUUUUAAAAAUAAAAAGUUCAACCUGUUAGCUAAUUUCAGCCAAAAGAAAGUUCGAAAUCAAUGUUUCCAUAACCAAUGUUAGCACUGCCAGCAGUCGCCUUGACCAGCCUCGAGGACACAGUGAGGCCCAGCCAGAGGGAGGCCCCCCCAGUCCUCACCUGCAUUCAGACCAAGGUCUGGCCUCUGCUCUGUGGUGCUUCAGAACUCAGAAACCCUGUCACAAAUGGGAAUACUCUCACACCUGUACUAACACCAGGAUCUUAAGCCAAAAUCCAAAAAGCAGUUUUGAGAGAACAACCCUGCAGCCCACCCUGGGGCAGAUGGAGGAAGCUCCCCUUUGAGGGGGGUCAACUCUGCCAGCCGUGUUGACAAAGGCUUCAGUGAGAUGGAGUCCCCAGCCGAGGCACUGCCUGUGGCUCCAGUCAGAACUGGCUGAGACACACGCUCAGGACAGGAGCCCCAGCACCGCCCCUCUUCCUCCAGACACUUCACUUCCCUAGAGGCUGACAGUAAGUGAAGUCUGGUCCCAAGAAAGCUACCUACCUGGACUCCAUCACAUUCUUCCCUGCAGAACUUCUUGCCUUUGAAGAACCAAAGUUUUCAAAGCCCUUAGUUCUUAUGAAGGGUGGAUGUAUAAAGUGGUCAGUUCUGAAAUAUUUCUGCAUUUUUUUAGCCAUUCUGAUAGCAGAUGGUCACAGCAGGACUGUGUCACAGGAGGGACUUCUUCCAGACCUCAGCACAGACCAAUCCUAGCUUUCUGGAAAAAACCAAUGUGCUGCUUUGUCCGACAAGUUUUCCCUCUUUGCCUUGGCUUUGAGGAGGCUCUGAGCUCACUUAGUUUUCCUUUGCCCCAAAGCUGGCAGAAAUAAUUACUUCCAUGGUCAACAUGCAUCUUCCAAUUUUUUUUCCAGAUUUUUAUGUAACUGUAAUCCUUUAUCUUGCUAAUUCUUGUUGGGAAGAAGCAGAAGAAUUAAUGUAAACAUACAAAUACCUAUACCUCUGUCCCAUUCCAGUUCUGACAUAAUAAAGUAUAACGCUUCAAACUCCGAAGAACCCAUCACAAAUACUAAAAGAUUUAUUGUAGACUUGUUUAACAAUUAUGUUACAUGUUUUGAUACAAAUACAUCUGAAACAUUAACAUAUGGGAACUGUUAAAUCAUUUAAUAUUUCAUUUGCAAAAAGAAUUACUUUAGGCUGCCAUAUGUGUACUAAGUGGACCUACUACCAUUUGGAUCAGAUCCUCCAUCCUGUAGAUGUCACCAUCCACUGCUGAAUAAAUCUAUGCACUUGCCCACUAA